GCCUGGCCAGCUGCGGAUUUAUAAAAGCAGUCGCUUAGCAACUUGCAGCGGCUACAUCAACUUUGGACCAAUUCGCAAACUGCUGGUGUAAAGCGUUUCUGCGCAUGUGCUGUCGCCUUGCGGGCAAAGGAGCCUUUUUCUUCGACGAUUUCCGGGCGAGGCAGGAAGUGGUUCCAGGGCGCACGCGCGUUGUUUCCGUGGUAGUCAGGGCAGUUUCUACCGCAGGCUUAAGGAGGCUUUGGGCUUCUGGGAUUUCUGUCCGCGCUCCUCGCCCUAGUCCUCCCCGCCAGAGCAGGUUCGCAAACUCCUCAGACCCUCCUGCUCCCGGCCGCCGCUUUCCGCCGGGGCGAGACCCCCAGAGCAGGAAAAUGAAGCCUGGUGAGAUUAGAGUCCCAACUCCUGAGUGGCAAGAGGCCCUGACCAAACCCUGGUGGGGCUAUUAGAUUAUGAUAUCCAGGAGAAAACCCGGCGUGGGAGAGGUUCUUGCUGGGGUCAAAAUGAGCCUGUUUGGAACAACCUCAGGUUUUGGAACCAGUGGGACCAGCAUGUUUGGCAGUGCAACCACAGACAAUCACAAUCCUAUGAAGGAUAUUGAAGUAACAUCAUCUCCUGAUGAUAGCAUUGGUUGUCUAUCUUUUAGCCCACCAACCUUGCCGGGGAACUUUCUUAUUGCAGGAUCAUGGGCUAAUGAUGUUCGCUGCUGGGAAGUUCAAGACAGUGGACAGACCAUUCCAAAAGCCCAGCAGAUGCACACUGGGCCUGUGCUCGAUGUUUGCUGGAGUGACGAUGGGAGCAAAGUAUUUACGGCAUCGUGUGAUAAAACUGCCAAAAUGUGGGACCUCAGCAGUAACCAAGCGAUACAGAUCGCACAGCAUGAUGCUCCUGUUAAAACCAUCCAUUGGAUCAAAGCUCCAAACUACAGCUGUGUGAUGACUGGGAGCUGGGAUAAGACUUUAAAGUUUUGGGAUACUCGAUCGUCAAAUCCUAUGAUGGUUUUGCAACUCCCUGAAAGGUGUUACUGUGCAGACGUGAUAUACCCCAUGGCUGUGGUGGCAACUGCAGAGAGGGGCCUGAUUGUCUAUCAACUAGAGAAUCAACCUUCUGAAUUCAGGAGAAUAGAAUCUCCACUGAAACAUCAGCAUCGGUGUGUGGCUAUUUUUAAAGACAAACAGAACAAGCCUACUGGUUUUGCCCUGGGAAGUAUCGAGGGGAGAGUUGCUAUUCACUAUAUCAACCCCCCAAACCCCGCCAAAGAUAACUUCACGUUUAAAUGUCAUCGAUCCAAUGGAACCAACACUUCAGCUCCUCAGGACAUUUAUGCGGUAAAUGGAAUCGCUUUCCAUCCUGUUCAUGGCACCCUUGCAACUGUGGGAUCUGAUGGUAGAUUCAGCUUCUGGGACAAAGAUGCCAGAACAAAACUGAAAACUUCGGAACAGUUAGAUCAGCCCAUCUCAGCUUGCUGUUUCAAUCACAAUGGAAAUAUAUUUGCAUACGCUUCCAGCUACGACUGGUCAAAGGGACAUGAAUUUUAUAAUCCCCAGAAAAAAAAUUACAUUUUCCUGCGUAAUGCAGCCGAAGAGCUAAAGCCCAGGAAUAAGAAGUAGUGGCUGGGGACUCUGGCUCGGCCAGAGUUGUUCCUCUCCACUCUGCCUCAUCUCUGUACGAAUUUGGGUCCCAGCCUUGUUGGGUUGUCAGCCAUGGACAUGGAUGUCAACCCCUGGAGAAAACGAUGUCAUUGUUCAGCAGCCGAGAGCCCAGACGUCCCCGGCGACUUGCCGUCUCUCCAUUCCACUGCCUGUUGCAGAGUGUUUCUGUAACUAAGGGGAUUGAAGUUAUUGUAGACGUUAGAUUGCGGGCACCGCCAGGGAUUUUGCAGUGCUUCAGUGUACGUGCUAGAGAAUAUUGGAAAAGUGUCUGUGAGCCCCGUGCUGUAUUUUGUAAUAAAGUCUUUUGCAGAUUGCU